AGAAAAGUGAAAACGAACCACAUAUAACUUGAGACUCAAUCAAAAUAUACAUAGGAGCAACAGAAUAUUAGUGAAGUGGACGCGAAGAAACGAACCAACCCCCACUCCCCCCUUCUCUUAACUAAUCAAAAACACACACACUCCCACUCAUUGCAACACACACACACACACCCCUCAAAUAAUACCCAACAAAAUCCCUUUUAUUGCAAAAUAAUUAUAAACUACUAAUUAAUUACUACAAUUUAAUCUGCGCCGCUACGAUGAAUAGGGCGGAGAUCGACACGAGCGCACCGUUCCGGUCGGUGAAAGAGGCGGUCAUGUUGUUCGGCGAGAGAGUUCUCGCCGGCGAGAUCUACGCCAAUAAGUUCAAAGAGAUGCAGGAUGGUACAAGCCAACAUGCGCAUGGUACAACAACAACAAUAGCAUCCGAAUUAAAAGAAACAAAACAAAGCCUACAAAAGGCUCAACAAGAGAGCAUCCACAUGGCACAAUACCUCUCUUCAUUACAACUUGAGCUCCAACAAACCAAAAAAGAGCUUCAUCGUUUGAAGAGUACUACGGCUCGCACACAUGUCAGACUCCCAUUGGACGAAGUAGAGACCGCUAUAGAAGACCUCAAAUUCGUCGAGGGAUAUAAAGAGCGAGCGAGCGAACAAGUGAAGAAGGAAACAAUAACUAGUGGUGAUUAUGAUCAUCAUAAAAGAGUGGAAUUCGAAAAGAAGAAAUGUGUGACGUUUGCGAAUCCGAAGGUGACACGUGUCAUUGAUGUGCCGCCUCCGCCGCCACCACCACCGCCGCAGCGUAGAGAGAGCGUGAGGGGACAAAGGCACCCUUCUCUUAAGAAGAAGAAGAAGCCACUUAUUCCGUUUAUCGGAGGGAUUUUUUCGAAGAAGAGGGGGAGCACUCAUGAUCAAGUUGCAUGUGCAUGA